UUAACAUUUAAUUUGGCCUAGUUUGUUAUAAUUCAAAAUUAAAGGCAAGAUAUCAUCAUAUAUCAAAAGAUGGAGCAGCAACCGAUGUCUACCGCAAUCUACGAAGAUUUGAAGCCAAAACAAGAACUUAAAGAGGAGCGAGAAGCAUUCAUUCUUCUUGUUCAUAUUCCUACGGGAUUUGAACGACAGCAUUAUGGUGCAAAAGUGGAAUUCGAUUAUUCAAGAGUAAGGGUUUUCGGUGAACAACCACUUGAAAACAAUAAAAUCAAGCGUUUCAAUAUAGUGCAUCAAGUUCCACCAACUUGUGAUAUUAACAGGAUCACAGGGAAGAUUUUGGAUGGCUCAAUUGUUAGCAUAAAAAUGCCGAAGAAGGUUCCUUCGGAUCCUGUUCCACAAACAACUGAAAUCGAAGAAGAACCCAAGACAUCGCCGGAAGCAAAACCAGGCGAAGAUGAUACGGAACAACAAGCCACAACUGAAAAGGAGGAACCGAAAGCAUCAACUGAAGCAGAAGCAGGCAAAGAUAAUGACGAACCGGACGGACCUCCCCCGCAGCAAGAAAAUGUUGCUGCGGAGGCAGAAGUUGACGAGGAUAAAAGAGGAAUUUCAGAUCAUGAUCACGAAGAACCUAAGUCAUCAACGGAACAAAACAAAUUUGAUGAUGAUAAGAAAGCGGCGGACGCGGUUGCUGCGGGUGGAGAUGGAAAUGUUGAAAGAGAAGGAAAGGAAGAAAGCGAAGAAGACGUUAAGAAGAGUGCGGAAGAAGAAAAGGAAAGAAGCGAAGAGAAAGUGUGUUGUAUUAAUGAUGAGAGGAUUAAAUCUGAAUCAGCAGCAGUAGUGGGAGGGUUGAAGGGGAUGGUAACAGGAUUUGUGAAGCGGUUGGAGGAAGAAGAUAAGCGAAGAAGGGUGAUAUAUAUGAGUGCGGCAGUUGUGGUGGUGGCACUUGGUGUUUAUGCAUCCUUCAAGUUUCGCAGCUCCUCACUUCUUAGAAAGUAGCCUAAGCAUUAUUCAUUAUUAUUAUGCUUACGUUCUUUCUUCUAAUAAGGGCUAAUAAUAAUGAUCAUGUUGAUUCAUGAACAA